AUGCUGGCGGCUAUCAAGGCGCUUGAGCAGUACGCCGUGUCGGGUUCCUUUGCCGCGUCUAAUCUCUGGCAGACCUCACCGGUCGAUUGUCCACCAGGCUCGGCGCCCUUUCUCAAUGCAGCAGUGUGCUUUGAUGCGCGACCGGAUCUAACUCCUGAAGCUUUGCUGGAUGAGUUGAAAGCGUUGGAGAAAGCUUACGGUCGGGGGCGGAAAAUUAUCCGCAAUGCACCGCGUGAGCUGGAUCUGGAUCUGCUGGUUUUUGAUGACGAACAAAGGCAGACGGAAAAUUUUGUGUUGCCCCACCCGCGCGCAGUAGAUCGGCUUUUUGUACUGGCCCCAGUUGCUGAGAUUGCACCUGCGCUGAUCUGGAAGAAGUUGCGCUUUGGACUGAUACUGCUCACGGCGCUUAGCGUUGUAACCACGCUGCCGGCAUGGGGCUAUGCUGAUGCAAACUUCUUUGUACGGAUAUUUCGAUGGGACUACUACAAUCGUGAUCAGCAGCAGCCUAAAGCUGCGAUGUGGUUGGUUGAUACCCGGUUUCACAAGCGAUUUGAUGAGUUGAUGAUCAGUGUUGAGCAGCCGCAGGAGCGACAGUUGAAACUGCGCAAUCUGGGUCGCCUUUUGACACACAUUCAGAAUGUCAGUGCGCCUGCCCAUGCCGUGCCCGUCUACUCAGGGCGCUGGUGGCGUCUGUCGUUCAGCGAUCGUUUCAAUCGUUAUCCCGUCGAUGUGGAUGCGCUUGAGCAAACCAUUGCAGGUGAUUGCGCCCUGUUCGACGCCCCCAAUGAGACCUUUCAGCAGAUUCUGAUCGAUACGGCAGACAAUACCCUGGCAGCGGUGACUGAUGAGAUAGACGGUUUGCCGGCGACCUGGCAGGCAUUCUGGACGCUUGCAGAUAAACCUGGCGAUUUUGGUGACUAUGGUCCGGCGGGCAACAGCUUUGGCGAUCGUACGCAAUUUCGUUGUGGGGACGAUCAGCGGUGCCUGCUGCUGCAGGACGAUCCGCUCUACAGUGACUUUGCGCUACAGCGUCAUCGCGCAGCGGUGAUGGCUACAAUGCGAGCGAUGUUGCGGCUGCAGAUGGAGCACAAUUCUGUGCGCGUCAGCAAUCUUGAACAGUUCAUUGACGGCAUCAUGGCGCAAGCAAUUGUGCAGGGUGAUACCGUCGGAGCAACCGUGGCGCUGGUCCAGGAUGGCCGUCUGCUGGUGUCGCGUGGCUACGGUUAUGCCGACUAUACGCGCAGCGAGCCGGUGCAGAGCAGGGUGACGCAGUUUCAGAUUGGCAGUAUCAGCAAGGUCUGGGUCUGGAUAGCGGUGCUGCAACUGGUCGAGGCAGGCAGCCUUGAUCUCGACCAUGAUAUUAACAGCUACCUGGAAGCCUUUCAGAUACCGGACACCAUGGGUGAUCCGAUAACCCUACGACACCUGAUGACUCAUUCAGCAGGUUUUGAAGAUCAGUUGUUUGGAUUAUUUGUUUCCGGACCCCGUCAGGUUGGCAAUCUGGUGGAUACCCUCGCGGCUACGAUCCCCGAGCGCGUGGCAUUACCUGGCAGCCGGGUGGCUUAUUCGAACUACGGAGCUGCGCUGGCGGCGCAUAUUGUUGAGCAGGCUUCCGGUAUGGGUUUUUCUGACUAUGUGCAGCAGCACAUCAUGCAGCCGUUGGCUAUGUCUACCGCCGGUAUUGCGCAGCCUGUGCCAGAUGAAUUGAUGCAAACCCGCUCCAAAGGUUACGUUAUCAACGAUGGCGAGCCGCAGGAACGAGGCGCCUUGUAUAUACCGUUAGGUCCUGCGGGCGCAGGUGCGGCCACAAGUCUGGAUAUGGCGAAAUUCAUGGUGGAACUGCUCAACCCGCGAGACACGCGGGUACUCAGCAGUGCCUCAAAAGCACAGCUCAUCAAUGGCGCUUACCUUCACCAUCCGCGGGUCAAUGGAUUAACCCUGGGGAUGUUCCAGGCUUCCAGAGGCGAUGCCGCCGCCGUGGGACAUGAUGGCAGCACGCUCAUUUUUAACGCCCAGAUGGUGCUCUGGCCAGAUGCUGAUAUGGGACUGUUUGUGGCUACAAAUACCCUGGGCAGUGACGCUGUCGGGCGUCGCCUGGUGGCUACGGUGUCGAACCAUCUGGGGUUUGAUGAUCGUUCUGAUAGCCUCCUGCCGGUUGAGUCUGCGGCUGGUUUGCCUGGUACUUAUAUUGGUUCCCGGCGUAAUUUCAGCAGUGCAAGUAAAUUGUUAGGGCUUCUUGAUACGGUCACCGUGACGCAUGAUUCCGAACAGGGUGUUUUGUUGAUUGCGCGUGCGCAGGGAUCGAAGCGCUACAGAGGAUUAUCCGACAAUGUAUUCCAGCAGGUUGCAGGCCCGACUCGAGCUGUAUUUAAGACGGGCAGCGGAAUGGGCCAGGAGCUUUAUUUUUCUGAUGUGCCGCCGGUUGCUUAUAUUCGGGCUGAGGCGAUGGAGAUGCCGCUUAACAACGCCUUGUUUAUCCUGUUAUGGCUCACUGUGGCGAUGAGUGUACUGAUCAUAUGGCCGGUUUCAGCGUUUACUCACAAGGGUCAUGGCAAUGUCCAGGGCCAGAAAUUUACAACGGUCAUAACCUAUCUCGCGGUCGCUGUUGCGGUUUUAUUUUUUGUUCAGGUUGCUGCCCUGGUGACCACCCCGUUAGAGGUUGUGCUGGAACUUGAGGCCGGGCUGACUCCCUUGCUGUGGCUGCCGAUAAUAGUGGCCGGCCUCACCCUGAUACAGUUUCUGCAGCUUUAUCGGGUGCUUGUACGUGGUUUCUGGUGGCUAUCCAGGCGCAUACAUUUUGUCAUCGUGCUGUUAUUGCAGUCAGCGUUGGUUUUCUGGUUCUGGUAUUGGAAUCUGCUGCCACGGGCCCAGUUUGCUGAAACUUGUGGGUACGAGUCCAUCUGGUUGCCGGAAAAUCACUUCGGGGCGAAUGCACUGCCCGACCCGCUGACUUUGCUGGCCAGUAUAGCGGGCGCAACACGCUCGAUACGUUUGGGCACAACCUCUUACCUUUUGACGUUGCGCAAUCCUUUGCAGGCUGCUGAGCAGGUGGCCGUACUCGACCAGCUCAGUGGAGGCCGGUUGAUUCUUGGCGUGGGGCGCGGCUAUGCGCCGGAAAUGCUGCGCGCUUUUCAUGUACCUGCGAAAGAGAAGCGGCGUAUUUUUGCCUGGACGCUGGGUUUGAUGAAAGACGCCUGGAGCGGAAAAUCAAUAUCGUUAGAUGGCAACAUGGAGCACGCUGUUGAAGUGCAUCCGCGUCCGUUUCAGCAACCGCAUCCACCUUUAUGGGUGGCAGCUUUCGGGCCUAAGGCAUUGGCCCAGGCGGGCACCUUAGGUUUACCGUAUUUGUGUUCGCCUAUGGAAAGUAUGGCGACACUUGAAAACAAUUAUGCACAACACCUGCAGGCUGCUGAAGCUGCGGGUGUCGCUCCACCGACAACAAUCCCGUUGAUGCGAACGGUGUUUGUCAGUGAAGAUACCGCGCUUGUGAAGACGUUGAAAACAUCUCUGGCAGAGAAAAGUGAAAACGUGCGCUUGCUUGACGGGGAAGGGGUCGACGAUUGGACCUUGAUAGGCACACCUGAGCAGGUACGGAAAAAGUUGCAGCAGUAUCAGGACCGAUUGGGGAUGACGCAUCUGGUCGCCACCCGCCUGCGUAUCGGGGGUAUCAAGGAAGCAGAUCUACGUCAGAGUGUGGCUCUUCUGGCCGAUAUAGUUGCAGGUGAGCAUACGGCGCAUUUCUGCGAGCGUUAUGCCGAUGUGACGGACGAACAGUGGGCGAGCUGUGAUGCGCUUGUCAGUGUUAAUGACAUUCCAGCAGAGUAUCGAGCUAAGCUGACUCGCUGCCGAAUUUUUGUAACCCCCAAAGUUGGUUUCGAUAACCUUGAUACCAAGGCGUGGGCUGAACUGGGCAUUCCUGUAUGCAAUGUGCCUGACUACGGUACCCAGGAAGUUGCCGAUCACGCGAUGGCGCUGAUGUUGUCGCUGAUGAAAGGCAUCACAUUUCAUACCCGCGAACUCAAAAAGGAUCCGAAAGGUCUGUGGCGGCCAGCCCUCAACCCUUACGGCAAGCGGUUGUCAGUUUGUACAUUUGGCGUGGUUGGUCUUGGUCGCAUCGGUACUGCAGCUGCGCUGCGUGCCAAAGCUUUUGGCAUGGACGUGGUGAUGUAUGACCCGUUUCGUGAAAAUGGCGCAGAGCUGAGCGUUGGCAUCCGUCGCGUGCAAUCGUUAGAGGAGCUGUUCAGCACCAGUGAUGUGGUGAGCCUGCACUUACCGCUUUCCACAGAUACAGAAAAACUCAUCAACGCCGAUGUCCUGUCGCACAGCAAACCUGGUCUGGUUCUGAUUAAUACCGCGCGCGGACCAAUUAUUGACCUGGACGGUUUGUAUCAGGCGAUGCAGGCGAAUCACGUUCAAGCGGCGGGCCUGGAUGUGUUGCCUGAGGAGCCCGCUAACCCGGAUCAUCCUUUGAUCAAAGCAUGGGCUGCGGACGAAGACUGGAUCAAUCAUCGUCUUCUGAUUACUCCCCAUUCUGCUUUCUUCACACCGGAAUCUGUCUACGACAUGCGCUUUAAAGGUGGAGAAGUGGUUGAGCCUAUGACACCGGAUUACCACAAGCGUCGGCAGCGCGUAUUCCUGAUUCUCUCUGGAAUAUUCCUUGGCACCCUGGCGCUGCUGAAUGUGCUGGGUAUCAGCCGGUUUGUUGACUUGUCAUUCAACGUGUUUGGAGUGCAGAUCCCUAUGGUGGUGGCAGUAGGGGUGCUGCCUUACCCAGUCACGUUCAUGUGUACCGACCUUAUCUCUGAGCUGUUUGGUGAGAAAAAAGCCCGCGACAUGGUCUGGGUGGGGUUGAUGCUGAAUGUCUGGGUGAUUUUUCUAUUGUGGCUGGGUGGGGCUCUACCGGGAUUUGAGCCUAUCGACCCCGCUACAGGCGGCCCGAUGCUGGAUGAGGCGGGGCGGUUGCCUGUGUUUUAUGAAAUCCGCGAACUGGCGUUUGGUGCGGUAGCGGCAUCCAUGCUGGCUUAUCUGAUUGCUCAGUUUGUUGAUGUGCGAUUGUUUCACUUCUGGAAGAAACUCACCGCAGGCAAACAUCUGUGGUUACGUAAUAACGCAUCAACCAUGGUGAGCCAGAUUGUGGAUACUACCGCGGUCAUAUUGAUCACGCAUUUCUAUGCACGUGCGUUACCGGUAAACGAUGGCGAACCGAUCUGGCCACAGCUGUUUGUAUUUAUAGCUUCAGGAUACGUUUUUAAACUGGUUGUGGCCGCGGCGGAUACCGGACCGAUCUAUCUUGCGGUCAAAUAUCUGCGCCCUUAUCUCGGUCUGAAAGGCACCGAAGAGGCGACCGACGACUAA